AUGUAUCAUCAACAAGUAUCUCCAUGGGAAAUUCUACAAGAAAGUACUAUGGUCAAAUGGGUCAAUACCAAGCUAAUUGAAGAUACCAUAAGUCCACAAACUCCGACUUCUUCCUUCACAAACAUUCCUGAAACAAUAACCAAUUUGACUGGUGAUUUACAAGAUAGUCUAGUGUUAACAAAACUUGUCAAUAGAAUCAUCUAUGAAAUCACAUUAAAUCCGGAUCAUCCUAUGAAUUCAAAGAAAUCCAAACUUUACUACUUGACACCGAUCUACCGCAAACCAACUUUUAAACUACAGAAAUUGGAGAAUUUGCUGGAUUUACUAAAAUUUUUAAACUUGAUCUUGGGAAUCAAUGUUGUUUCCAUUAGUCCUGAAAAUAUAUUCGAUGGUGAUCUUAAAUUGAACUUGGGUUUGGUCUGGUCACUAUUCAUUUUUAAUACUUCAAGUACAUUCCCUGGUAAUCCUUCCUACUUGACUAUGAAAACUAUUUUAUUGAGAUGGUUAAAUGGUUGUGUCACGAGUAGGACAAUUAAAAAUUUUAGUAAGGAUUGGGGUAUGGAUCCAGAAGUGAUUAUAUACGAGAUUGUUUCACAUUACGAUUCAUUGGCACCUCUGGGGAUGGAUUUAAAAACAUUGAUGGAUUAUCUUGAAGACACUAUUGCCUUACCAAAAUAUAUUGAUCCUGAAGAUUUCCAAUAUAUGGACGAGAAGUGCAUAAUAGUUUACUUGGUUGAAUUAUACAAAAUAUUUGAAAUCGAAAAGAGUUACAAUGAAGUUACAAUUGAUCACCUGAUUAGAUAUGAUCAAGUUAUAAGAUCAACCUUGGAUAUUUUUAAAUUGAAAAGCAAAUAUGAAAACAAAGCGUUAAAAUUUUCUAAACAAUUAAAUACGUUAAUCAAUCAGUUGACUUUGGAUUACGAAAAUUUGCAAGUUGAUUUCACUAGUGACUUACAAAACUGUUUGAAAUUAUUGGAGAAUUCUAUUAUAGAUCCUAAGAAAUUAAGUGUCUUCCAGAAAAAUUUUGAUAUUCUAAACAUAAAACUCACGUCGUUGGUUAAUAUAUUACAAAGAUUUCAAAAUUUUAGAUGUGACAUUAAACCUGAAUUAAUGUAUCUCAGCUACCCUGAAAUAAUUCAAAUACUUGGAAAUAUCAAAAUUGCUUUACAAUCAUUUGGUUCAGAUAUUGAUUAUGUUCCAGCUAGUAAAACAUUAAACAUAGAUCCGUUAUCCACAAAACUAGAUCAAUUGAUCUCUUUAGAUUCAAAAUUUCUAGAACAAGCCAAAAAGGUCAUUUCCACAGUGAAUAGUGAUGAAUUAUUCACCAAAUUGAAUAUUCUUAAAUCAGCAAGAACCAAAAAUGAGUAUGUACGACUGGAAUGUCAAAUCACGGUGGAAUAUUUCUUGGGGUUCUCACAUAAACUUGAUUUAUUUGAAGCUUCAUUAAAAGCAAGAGUCACUUCAAAAUAUAUGGAACCACCAGAAGUACUUGAAGUUCAAGUGACCCCGGAACUUUUUAGCCAAUUCAAAGCUGUUAUAACCAAACAUAAUAAUUGUCGUCAUGAUGAAUUAUUCAGAAUCUUAAAAGAUGAAGUAGUUACUCCUGAGUUUUCAAAUACUAAAUUGGAAUUAUUCACAAGGUUGAUUCCUAUUAAAUCGUCACCUAUUUCACCAAAUGAUUCAAGUUUUGAUUUGAACUCCUCCAAUUCAUUUGAUGAUGAUGAUGAUGUAUUUGAUGAGCUACAACAAAAAUUGGACUCCCAUUUGCUGUUGACUAAUGAUAAAAUUUAUGACAUCAAGGAAUUCAUACGAAGAUUUGAAAACGGUUUUAAAUUGUAA